AUCGAUGAGGUAAAAAAAAAAAGUUAAGUGUCUGCGUUGGCCAUAUAAGGGCAGAAGAUAGAAUUGACAGAAAGAAAAAAAUAGAAACUUUUGCGUAGGAUAAACCCAUAAAGUCCAUCGAGAGUUUGUGUCAUAAAAUACCAAAACAAAAUGGAUCAUUUGAUUCAGCAAAAGGUUGUGGAAAUCGCAUCCGAAGUUGAGAAGCAGUUAGAUUCCGAGAUAGAAAAAUUGGAUAACUUGAACAUCGAUGAUAUUGAAAAAUUGCGUGAACAAAGGUUAAAAGAAAUGAAAAAGAUGCAACAACAGAAGCGAACAUGGCUUUCGCAGGGUCAUGGAGAAUAUACUGAAUUAUCUGAAGAAAAAGAAUUUUUUGACGUUUGCAAGAAGUCCGACAAGGUUGUAUGUCACUUUUAUAAGAAUGGAACAGAAAGAUGCAAGAUCUUUGAUAUGCACCUCAAACUACUUUGUAAAAAGCACCUCGAAACACGUUUUAUUAAAUUGGAUGUUGAAAAAUGUCCGUUUUUAACUGGUAUGGGUCGUUUGAAAAUCAAAUUAAUUCCUACCAUUGCUUUAGUGGUUAAUAGUAAAACAAAAGAUUAUAUAAUUGGAUUUACCGACUUGGGAAACUGUGAUGAUUUUUCAACAGAAGUAUUAGAAUGGAGAAUAGCACAAGCUGCUGCAAUCAAUUAUAGUGGUGAUCUCAUGCACCCACCUGAUAAGACUAAAAUGCAAAAGCAGCCAGCAACAAAAAAAACUAUUCGUGGGAGAAAUUCUGAUGAUUCGGAUUCAGAUUAACACUUUUGUACCAUAAAAUAUUUAUAAAAUUCUCGUUCUUUUACACUUUUUAUAUUAAUCAUGUUUUAUAUAGAAAA